GGAAACGACGCGUCUCGUUCAGAGUGAGACCUCUUCAUUCUCUCCUCCUCUCCUGUGACGCUGUGACGCUGGUAGCAGCAGCAGCAGACUCGCUGCCGGUUCGAUCCCCUCACUCCGCCCGGCUGCCUGCCUGCGUGCUGCACACCGCCUAGAACCGGGAGAGACUAUAGCGAGACAGAGACAGAGAGAGAAAGCGAGAGAGGGAGGGCGCAUAGUGCGAACUAUAACCGCAGGAGCGGAUCUAGUACCUGAACUGUGGAUUUAAAGGAGAGGGGAAAAAAGACGGACGAGUCUUAGCCGUCAGUGCUGCCAGUGCGACAGGGAGCUGCUCCAGACUGCUGUCCAGUCGACAAGGUCAGAGGUCAGUGAAGGCAGUGGUACCAGCGGGUGAAGAUGAUGUCCAUGCAAAUGAGUGAGGCGGACAGUGUGGUGAAGGUGGCGGAAUGGCAGCAGACCUACUACGCAUCAGACUCCGGAAUCCAAUCAGGAGCCACCACAGUCCUGGACGAUGAGUGCAGCACCGAUUACAGCGGCCGUAAGAAGUACAUCGGUACUACAGCCAGUACUACCACUGCUCCCGCUACGGCCACCGCUGGGGCAGGAGGAGACAUAGCAGCUGGUGGACUAGAGAGCCCCACUGAUUUAGACGCUCAGUUCUCACUAACCCGGGCUCAGCGCGUCAGGGCCGCCAUGUUCCCAGAGACCCUGGUGGAGGGGGAGGCGGCCAUGCCCGUCCAAUCAGAUCCUUCACAGCAGAGCAACGUGCAACGUCUGGCUGAACCCUCCCAGCUGCUAAAGACGGCCAUAGUCCACCUCAUAAACUACCAGGACGACGCCGAGCUGGCUACCAGGGCGGUACCGGAGCUCACCAAGCUGCUGGGGGACGAAGAUCCGGUUGUGGUGAACAAGGCGGCCAUGAUAGUCAACCAGCUGACCCGUAAGGAAGCCAGUCGUCGGGUGCUGGUGCAGUCUCCGGCGAUGGUGGGCGCCGUGGUGCGCGCCAUGACGACGGCGGCCGACAUGGAGACGGCCCGUUGCGCGGCCAGCGUGCUGCACAGCCUGUCGCAUCAGAGGGAGGGACUGCUGGCCAUAUUCAAGUCUGGAGGGAUACCAGCACUGGUCCGCAUGCUAAGUUCACCAGUAGAAUCAGUCUUAUUUUAUGCCAUCACCACCCUCCACAACCUGCUGCUGCACCAAGAGGGGGCCAAGAUGGCGGUGCGUCUUGCCGAUGGCCUGCAGAGGAUGGUUCCCUUACUGAAAAAGAGUAACCCCAAGUUCCUGGCCAUCACCACGGACUGCCUGCAGCUCCUGUCCUACGGCAACCAGGAGAGCAAGCUGAUCAUCCUAGCCAAUGGGGGCCCAGACGGUCUGGUGUUCAUCACCAGGAACUACAACUAUGAGAAGCUGCUGUGGACCACCAGUCGUGUACUCAAAGUGCUGUCCGUCUGUCCCAGCAACAAGCCAGCGAUAGUAGAGGCUGGUGGUAUGCAGGCUUUGGGCCAACAUCUUACAGGUUCCAGUCAGCGUCUGAUCCAGAACUGUCUGUGGACGCUCCGCAAUCUGUCAGAUGCUGCAACCAAACAGGAUGGACUAGACGGUCUGCUGCAGAUAUUGGUCACCCAGCUAGGCUCAGAUGAUGUCAACAUGUUGACGUGCGCAACCGGCAUCCUGUCCAACCUCACCUGUAAUAACUCACGCAACAAGACUCUGGUGACGCAGUAUGGCGGUGUGGAGGCGUUGAUCCACGCGGUGCUUCGUGCUGGGGAAAAGGAGGACGUUGCUGAACCGGCAGUCUGUGCCCUGCGUCACCUCACCUCUCGCCACCAGGACGCCGAGCUGGCCCAGAAUGCCGUGCGGCUGCACUACGGUGUCCCGGCUGUCGUCAAGUUGCUGGGGCAGCCGCACUACUGGCCUGUAGUAAAGGCUACGGUUGGUCUGAUCCGGAACCUGGCGCUGUGCCCGGCCAAUCAGGCGCCGCUGAGGGAGGCAGGUGCUAUUCCACGAUUGGUCAACCUGCUGCUGAAGUCUCACCAGGACACACAGAGACAUGCCUCCUCCGCACAGCAGACAUACCAGGAUGGUGUUCGUAUGGAGGAAAUAGUCGAGGGCUGCACAGGAGCGCUUCACAUUCUGGCCAGAGACCCCAUAAACAGAGGAGAGAUUGCCAGCAUGCAGACCAUACCACUGUUUGUACAGCUGCUGUACUCAUAUGUGGAGAAUGUCAAGCGAGUAUCGGCGGGCGUCCUGUGCGAGCUGGCCCUGGACAAACAGUCUGCAGAGCUCAUCGACGCAGAGGGAGCGUCAGCACCGCUCAUGGAGCUGCUGCACUCCAACAACGAGGGAAUCGAUGACCAUUGUUGCCAUCUCCCUGCAGCCACCUACGCCGCCGCAGUGCUGUUCCGAAUUUCGGAGGACAAGAGUUCAGACUACAGGAAGAGGGUGUCCGUGGAGCUCACACACUCGCUCUUCAAACACGACCCUGCUGCCUGGGAAAUGGCCCAUACUGCCGUUCCUCUGGAGCACACAUACCUAGCUGAUGAGUUAGACGCCUCUUACCCUCCCUAUGGCUACUCUGAUAUGCCUCUGGACAGCAUGCAGCUAGACGCUGACCUCCACGAGCCCUACAUCCCUGACAUGACCUACGACCCAAGACAGGCCUACCCUGAACCACUCUAACAGGAGAAUGAAACAGAAAUGCUGAAAGGAAACGAGAGAAUGAUCAAAUCACAGGAAGAAAGACUGGAGAGGAAUGGAUGGAGGAAGAAGAAAGAGAUUGGAGUUUUUAAUCACAAAGGGAAUCAGCCCUUUCCAAAAGGGUGGAGGAAAAAAAAAAAUCCCAUUUGGCAAUCAAGAACUAUCGAAAGAGGUUGCUUAUUAAAAAGAGGUUUAUUGUUGCUGUAAAUGAAAUAUGUAACUUUGUUAUAAUGUUUUACUGUGGGGUGGAAGUGUGGGGAGGGGGACGUAUGAAGUUUGGAGGCAUUGUUACACGGGUACCUUUUUGAAGCAAUCAAAUUAGAACAAGAACGCAUUACAGUUUGGGACAUGCGGGGCAAGCAGGAAGAGCUUAACCAAACUCAGCUGAUAAUCCUUACCAAAUGUUUAAUCAUCUGUUUGAAUUUGCUGAAACGUUAAGACAUUAAAAGUGUGACGUCA